AUGCGGCUGCUGCCCGCCUACUGCGUGCGGCUCAACGGCUCGGCCCUGUCGACUGCGCAAUGCACGCAGCUCGUCGCUCUGCAAGGGUCUCAGCUGAUUCUUCUGCUGCUGAGCAUGAGGCGGGUGCUGCAGCUCGCAGGAAGACGGACGCGCUCCUUACGUUGCUGGUCGGAGCUCGACGCCGUGCUGUUCGUGCUGCAUUUGCUGCUGGUUAUUGGCGCCGCGGCCUGCUCGGUGGCUGUGGCGGGUGUCGCCGCUCUCCAUCACUCGUCGGCGUCGUUGGUAAUUGGAGCGAGCGUCGCGGCGGCGGCCUGGGUCUUCUACGCCGCGGGGGUUUUGUACGAGUUCCUGCAACAUAAGAGGAGCUGCAAGCUCGUCGUGCUGUUCGUGGUGAUCGUGGGCGUGGAGGAGCUCGCGAUGAACAUGGAGAGACUUGAGUCUGAUCCCUUGGUGCUGACGCUCGUGGGUUGGAAGGCUCUAACUGCGGCCUCUGUGGCCGCAUUCGCACUGCUUCGGGUGCUGGACAAGAAGAUGCACGUGGUGAUGGAGAGUCCACUGGACCGCGUCGGGUGGCUCUCGCAGUUCUCGUACCAUUGGAUCUCGCCGUUCAUUGCGUUGGGCAAGAAGCACAGACUGGAGAUGGAAGACGUACCGAACCUCCCAGUUCGAGACGACACGGCAGUCGCUGCGAAGCUGUUCGAGACUGAGCUACAGCGUGAAUUCAAUGAGUACCGUCCCUCAGAGAGGUCCUUCUUGCGCGUCUCGCGGCGCUUGUACGGCGCCGAUGUGAUGGUCUUCGCCGUGUGGUCGACGGCCAACAAAGCCAUAGGGCUCGCGAGUCCGUUGCUACUCAAGCUCUUCUUGGACUGGGCUGGGUCGUCGGACCCGUCGCUCUCGACAGGCUACUACCUCGCUGCGGCGAUGGUGGGGAGGUCCGUCCUCUCAGCAGUCUCAGGAACGCAGUACAACCUGGCGUGGAAGAGGUUCGACUUGCGCGUGCGCGCCGGCUUAGUGUCUGCGAUUUACGCGCGCACGCUGCAGCUAUCAGGGCAGGGGAAGAGACGAGCUGGAGGACUGGGACGCAUCACGAACCUGCUGUCCGUUGACGUCGGGCGCAUCGUUGGCAUGCCCAACACGUUGUUCGACAUGGUGCUGAUCCCUGCGGAGAUCGCGGUGGCGCUCAUUCUGCUGAGCCAGGCGGUCUCGGUCGCCUUCGUGGCGGGGAUCGCCGUCCUGGCGGUCAUGCUGCCGCUGCAGACUGUGCUGGGGCGCAAGAUCCAGCGAAUCACUGCGGACAUGAUGCGCUUCCGAGACGAGCGUGUUGGUCUCGCAGCAGAGAGCUUGAAGGCGAUCCGCACGCUGAAGUUGCUGGGGUGGGUUGUGUCAAGGCUGGAGGCCAUGAGCAAGAGCCGUUCGCUUGAAAUGGGGAGGCUGCAGGUGCGCAAGUACCUGGACGCCUUCUGCGUGUUCUUUUGGGCGUCUACACCGGUGAUCGUGCAGGUCUCAGUCUUCGCCACUGCGGUCUUCUCGGGGCGUGACAUCUCGGCUGCAGACGCCUUCACGGCAAUCGCUCUCUUGGAUCGCCUGAUCUUCCCGAUGAACUAUUUCCCAGAAGACGAGAACGUAGCUCAGAUCACGAACAACUACGAGCCUCCUUCUGCCUCUACAGAGUCAGCAGCAGAGAGAAACCAAAUUGUAUCAAUUCGCGAUUGCGAGUUCGGGUGGAGCUUGAUAAAGGCCGACAGCGGCGACGAAGAUGAUGGAUCAAGCGCCGAGACCCCUCUCCUGGUAGGGGAUACCCCGCUAUCACCCUCAAGGAUGGCUAAUCCCUUCGUGCUGCGGAUCAACGAGCUGGACUUGAAACCCGGGUCGACGUACGUGGUGUGUGGCCCUGUCGGCGCUGGGAAGUCGUCCCUGUUACUUGCAUUGUUGGGCGAAAUGCCUCUGCGGUCGAGCCCGUACAGCGAUCCUGCUACUGUUUACAAGAACCAAAACGCCUCGCGUUGCUCGUAUGCCCCCCAGAGUCCAUGGCUUUUCCGUGGAAGUGUCCGAGCAAACGUAACUUUGUCCAAUAAUGAGCAUGAAGACGUUGGCGGUAAAGACGACGGCGUCGAUGACGCUCGAUACGAGCGCGUUCUUCGAGCGUGCGAGCUUAACGUGGAUCUCCGCAGAAUGAGGCCUCCGUAUAACGUCUCCGAGAGCGGGAGUAACUUCAGUGGGGGUCAGCGUGCCCGAAUCAACCUCGCACGAGCUCUCUACCAGCGAGCAAACCUUUAUUUGUUGGAUGAUCCACUCAGUGGGUUGGAUAUGACCACAGCGAGCAAAGUGGUCACGAACUGCUUCAUGUCGGGCUCCAGUAUAUUCCCUGCAGAUGCUGCUGUAGUUAUCGUGACACACUCGCUGCAUCUUCUGCCUCUUUUCCCUACGGACGCGCAAAUCGUCGUCAUGGACGAAGGAAACAUCAUUGAGCAAGGAACUUACAACAGUUUAAAGGCACCAGACCCUCCAAGUCGUCUGAUGACGCUGAUGAAGAGCUCUCUUCGUGGUGACCACGCGGAGGACAUUUCCGAUGGCGAUUCCACGCCAAAAUCCGAGCAGGAAACAGAGAAGUACGAACAAGCGGAAGAUGAAGCGGAGUCGAAGUUGACAAGCCAGAAGGAAGAGGCCCCAAAGGAGUACGAAGAGGAGCAUCGAGAGUCUGGGGUGGUGGACUGGCACGUCUGGAAAUCCUAUUCAUUGUCCGUAGGCUGGGGUCUCUCGGUCGUGAUUCUGCUAUCUGUAGCGGCCAUGCAGGUCUCACGCAACUCUCUCGACUGGUGGAUCGCUGUGUAUACGAACGGGAAGCACUCGAUUAGCCCGCGAGAGUUUGCGAUGGUCCUGCUGUACAUCGCGGGAGCGAACAUCGCUGCCGUAUUUUUCCGGUCAUUUCUGUUCGCGUAUGGAGGUCUGCGUGCAGCCCGCGCCACGUACAACAAACUGGUACGCAGCGUGUUCGCAGCUCCUCUUCGGUUCUUCGAGCGUACUCCCACGGGACGUGUGCUGAAUCGAUUGAGUGGAGACACCUACGCCGUUGAUGAAUCGCUGCCGUUCCUACUCAACAUCUUCCUGAAGGACGCGGCGGACGUGACGGGGGCUCUUGUGAUCCUCUUCUACGGGAACCGCUUGGUGCUGGUGCUGCUUGUCCCGUUGAGUGUGCUCUACUUCCACUUGCAGCGAGAUUAUCGCCCCAGCUCGCGCCACCUCAAGCGACUGGACGCAGCGACGCAGUCACCACUGCUGGCCAUGUUCACCGACACUUUAGACGGCCUCACCGUGAUUCGAGCGGCGCGCAAGCAGCGACAAUAUGCCCAUGGCUAUGGCGUGUGCUUGAAUCGCAGUCAGCGAGUCUCGUUCCUCAGCUCCACCACUGGCGCUUGGUUUGGGCUGCGCUUGGACAUGCUGGGCGUAUGCGUCACCUCGUUCGUUGCCGUGUUCGCCGUGGCCGACUUCAAUCUCACAGGAACUGUGAACCCCGGCAUCCUUGGACUCACCCUCACGUACGCGCUGCCAAUUGUGGGGAAGCUCAACUCGAUCCUCAACAGCUUCGUCGACACUGAGCGUCAGAUGAUCGCUGUCGAGCGCGUCAAAGAGUACGCAGACUUGGAGCCUGAGGAGGAAGUCGUAGGCACGGGAGACACCGCAAAGGCAAAAGAGAUGCCGUACGUUUGGCCGACAGCUGGACACAUAUCGAUAAAGGCCUUAACGGUGACGUACGGCGCAGCAGCUCAAAGUGCCGAGAAGCAUGACAUUUUUGGUGACGCCGAAUGGGAGUGGGUCGGACCACGGGUGGCGACUCCAGCGCUGAAAUACGUCACGUGCGAGAUCCCUGCUGGCCAGAAGAUCGGCAUUUGCGGUCGGACAGGAGCUGGGAAGUCGACGCUGUUGAACGCGCUGUUCCGAGCUGUGGCAUGGGAGCGAAGCGGUAGCAUCAUGAUCGACAACGUGCCUCUGGACUCGUUGAAGCUCCAAGAUCUGCGGUCACGACUCACGUAUAUCCCACAGGACGUGGUGUUGUUCUCUGGUACAGUGCGUUCAAAUCUCGAUCCUAGUGGGGCGCUGGACGACGAGCGCCUUUGGACGGUGCUACGUAAAUGCGGCGGUCUCGCAAAUGCCAUCGCCAAGUUGGAUCGCGGUCUGGAUACAGUCGUCGAAGGCGGCGCCGAGGAGCAAGCGGCGACAUUUAGCCAGGGCCAAGCCCAACUACUUUGCAUUGCUCGAGCGCUGCUGCGCCCGUCGAAGGUUCUUUGCAUCGAUGAAGCUACAGCCUCAAUCGACCACGAGACCGAGCGUGCCAUUUCAGAGGUAAGUCAGUUCCCCCGGUAUAACUCUGCUGAGAUAUUUGUUUUUGAUUCUGAUCGUUUACUAUGCACAGGCGAUUGCAUCCGAGUUCGCGUCGUCCACAGUUCUGACCGUGGCUCAUCGCAUUCAAACGAUCAUGCACUGCGACCGAGUUCUGCUGCUCGAUAA